UGCCAGAAGAGGGAGAGAGAGAAGGCGAACGCUCCCCCAGCUGUUUCCUGUCUACAGCGUCUGUGUUUUGUAGAUAAAUGUGAGGAUUUUCUCUAAAUCCCUCUUCUGUUUGCUAAAUCUCACUGUCACUGCUAAAUUCGGAGCAGAUAGAGCCUGCGCAAUGGAAUAAAGUCCUCAAAACUGAAAUGUGACAUUGCUCUAACAUCUCUCGUCUCUCUGGAUUUCUUUCUGCCUCAUUAUUCCUGCUCACCAAUUCAUUUCCAGACUUUGCACUUCAGAAGCGAUGGGAAAAGUCACCGGUCUUCCUGCUCAAUUAUUUAAGUGCUGCUUCUGUGAUUUCUUGAAGAUAAAGAUGCACACCAUGUCGUCCUCCCAUCUCUUCUACCUGGCCCUCUGCUUGCUCACCUUCACGAGCUCUGCCACAGCUGGACCGGAGACCCUCUGCGGGGCCGAGCUGGUGGACGCUCUUCAGUUCGUGUGUGGACCAAGGGGCUUUUACUUCAACAAGCCCACAGGCUAUGGCUCCAGCAUUCGGAGGGCGCCUCAGACAGGCAUCGUGGAUGAGUGCUGCUUCCGGAGCUGUGACCUGAGAAGGCUGGAGAUGUACUGUGCUCCCCUCAAGCCUACGAAAUCAGCCCGCUCUAUCCGUGCCCAGCGCCACACUGACAUGCCCAAGACUCAGAAGUCCCAGCCCCUAUCCACGAACAAGAAAAUGAAGCCACAAAGGAGAAGGAGAGGAAGUACAUUUGAAGAACGCAAGUAGAGGGAGUGCGGGGAACAAGAACUACAGGAUGUAGGAAGAGCCUCCCGAGAAGCAGAAAAUGAGAUGUCACCGGCAGGAUCCUUUGAUCUGCAUGAACCGCCUGCAAAACAUUGGGAAAAAACCUACCAAACAAUAAUACAUUCAAUAACAUUUCAAAGAUGGGCAUUUCCCCCCCCAUGAAAUAUACAUGUAAACAUUCCAAUAUUGUCUUUAGGAGUGUUUGUUAAAACAAACAAACAAACUUUGCACCUUACAAAAAUGGUCCUAGAGUGGGUAGAUUACUGUUGAUCCUUUAUCAAUACGUUCUAUAAAGAAAAAAAUAUAUAUAUAUAUAAUUAUAUCUCCUAGUCCCUGCCUCUCAAGACCGGAAAUGCAUGGGUGUUGUAUAGAUCCAGUUGCACUAAAUUCCUCUCUGAAUCGUGGCUGCUGGAGCCAUUCAUUCAGCAGCUGUAUGGAAGUGGUUCAUGAGUUACUCUCCUUGUUUUCACUUUCCCCCACAUAGCUCAAGCUGCCUGUUUCACAGAGUCCAGUAAUCUUGUCUGUCCAUCUCCAGUAGCCCUGCCCAGUCCCUGAGCUAUGGAUUUGUUAAAUUCGGCCUCCUCAAAACCAAUAGCGAAUUAAGUAGCCAACCGGCCCACCAAGUUUUAACCCACCCGAUUCCAUCCAUGGCAUUUGUACCAAAUAUAAGUUGGAUGCAUUUAUUUUAGACACAAAGCUUUAUUUUUCCACAUCGAGUUACGGCAAAAGAAACAGAAUGACGGUAAUUGCAGCGCUGAGGCCAAUCAGUUCUAGGUGUGUGUUUGAAACACAGGACGUCUCUUCCGCUCUCGAUGGUUCCUUCAAAUGAUAAGUUAGUCUGUAACCUAAUUAGCAAUUUCUCUUUUUAUUUUUUUCCAUAUAGAGCACUAUGUAAAUUUAGCAUAUCAAUAAUACAGGAUCUAUCAAACAGUAUGUAAAACUCUGUUGUUGUUGUUGUUGUUUUUUAGUACAAUGGUGCUAUUUUGUAGUUUGUCAUAUGAAAGAAUCUGGUCAAAACGGUAAAAGGUGAAAGCAAAGCCAAAAUGAAAGCCUGGAGCCUAAGAUGACAAAAUUAGGAAAGGAACUAAAAAAGAAAACAAAAAUCCAUCCUCUUGGGAGAUGCAAAGGCCUCCCAAGCUAUGCCUUCCAAGAGGAAUUUAAGAUAUGAAGCCCACUAAGACACAUGUACUCAGUGAGUCCAGAGAGGACGCUGUGGAGUGUGGGAAAAGCAAGAGGCUAGGGAUUUUUCGGAGUCCUGGUUUCUUUUUAAUCACUGAAGAAAUAAGUAGUUGCAACCUCUGCCACACAGACUCACACCUUGUGACCUUGGUCAAGUCACUCCAACUCUUGGUGCCUCAGUUUCCUCAUCUGCAAAAUGGGGGCAAUAUGUCAUCUACCUACCUCAAAGGGGUGGUAUGAAUAUUAAAAACGAGAGAUCUUCAGAUUUUUCCUCUGGGUUUCCAGGAGGGUGUAACACCAGAGCCCUUGAAUUGCUGGGAUACAAGGAAUGCUGGGACUAACCCAUUGACAAAGUAGCUCCGUGGAUUAUCCGCCCAUCACUGCGAGGCUACUAUGCUAUCCAAGUGCUGACUGGAGAAGCUGUCCAAUGACCUAGCGGAGAACUAACGACUCCAUCUCUCCAACACGAAAAAGUAAGAGACACUUGAUUUACAAUUUGAUUUUACUUCUGCCUUGAAUGUACGCAUAGAAAGAUAAGUAAAGACAGAAAAGGGGAGAAAGAGCAAGAUCUUGGCCAAUCAAAGAGUAUUCUACUUGUCCAUUCCCAUUCACCCUUCCAGGCACUUAGCAUCUCAGAAUAACUCUAGUAUUAUCAGUGAUAAUCUACUCAGUUUGAAAACCACAUUUUCCUUCCCUUUAGCAUAUAAAAACAGGCCCCAAUAUUCUUAAGCUUUGAAAUUAUAUCCAUUAAAAAAUCACGUUACUUUAGUGGACAUAGUCUUAUAUCCUUGAAUGUAUAUACACUUAUUUUAUUUAGUGAAAAUGUGCUGGCCAGACUGCUAAUUGAGAGGCAAAAUUUUUUCUUCUCAACCCCAGGGUUCUCCCUAGCAUUGCUUAGACGGAAGAACCCAGCUUCCUGCAAAUGUAUUGUAUGCAUUCAACUGGGCAUUGAUAACCCCCCACAAAAACCCUAGAAAGUGUUUCCUAUUUGUGGGGCAAGAUUGUCUCCUUCUUUAGAACAAAAAAAAUAUUCAAUGCUCAAAAACCCUAAAAAGUGUUUCCUAUUUGUGGGGCAAGAUUGUCUCCUUCUUUAGAACAAAAAAAAAAAAAUAUUCAAUGCUCAGAUAAUCUUAUUGUCUGUAGCCUUUUCCUCAUUUCCAGACUUCCUUAAUAUUCUUAUAAAAUGUUUAAGAAAAACAAACAAACAAACAAAAGACAUUUUUAGUUUUCCAUCUACUGGGUUGCCCCGAGAUCCUCUGAAUAAGUGCAGGAAGCGCUGUUCAGCAAAGCCCUCAGAAAGCUUGGCGUGCUGAACGUGCCCUACACACGACGGAGAGACGUCAAUGGAAUAGACCAGUUUCGCCAUCUUCCUGUUUCCCAAAGAUGUGGUGGGAAAAGUUGGACCCUCCCACGCCCACGGUAGCACUCCUGGCAUUAGCUCUUGUUUCCAGUGUGUUCCUUUUAAAAUUAGUGAUUCCCAGAAAACCUCAUAGGCAGUCUUCUACAGAUCUAUGGGCUUCCUGCCAUGGUUGGAUAUGGGGAUUCGGAGUGUCUGCUGCAGAUUUUGUUCGUUUCAUUCUAUACACAGUUGAAAAAUCUCUCAAUGAUGAAAACUUAGAUAUGCAAUCCUUUAUCCGAUACAUAAUUCUCUCCAACUCAAUCAGAAAUCAACUAAUAAGUUAAUUCUACUAACAUAUCAUUAUACUCUCAAACAGAUGAACUUAAAGAUAAAUGUAAGAUUAAUAAACUGUACGAUAAAUCUACAUAAACUCUGAAAGCCACCCGAUGAAGCAGAAUGAUUCAAGACUGUUAGGAAGAGACACUUGAGGUUUGACAACUCUAAACUUCCGUAGCUUUGCUACGAAGUUAAACUGCUUAGUGUCUAGACACGGGGCAACUUUAAGAGGUUCACAAAGGAACAAUAAAGAUAGGAAGGAAGGAGUUUUCAUUUGAUAGGCUUAUUCCUGAUUUAAUUAAAAAAGACUCAAUACUUAGUCAAAUUUUAGUCUUAUUCUCCAAAGAGUAUCAAUUGUUUGAACAUUGUAAGAUGAGCCAGUCCUACAGAAAAAAUGAGUGCUUCUUUCCAUUAUAGUCUGCUUUCCUAGGGUAAAAAAAUACAUUCUUAAUACCCACCCUAUAUGCAUGUACCCUACACACACGCGCCCACGUGUGCACGCGCACAUACACACACACAAAUACCUACUUAUCAUAAGAGACACCAAACGAAAUAAUAAGAAGAAAUCAUUCUCUUGAAAAUCUUAUUUUUAACAAAAGCAGCUCUGUCCCCUUGCAACUCCUUCCCCUUCUUGGACUGUUGAUGCGAAACAUGGAAAUGUCUGUGUAGACGAAACCAUCUCAUACCCCACGGCUCCAGGAUUUCUGUUAUUGGUUUGUGCACUUGGGAGGGUGUGCGGGAGAGAGCACGAGGCAGGUUUUGCUUUCCCAUUUAUUGUUUGGCCAGCUAUGCCAAUGUGGUGCUAUUGUUUCUUUAAGAAAGUACUUGACUAUAAAAAAAAUGAAAAAAGAAAAAAAGAAAGCAUAGACAUAUUUUUUUAAAGUAUGAAAACAACAAUCCUCUAGCUAGAUGACGUAAUAAGAUAGUGUUAGAUCUCGCCACCACCUUUCAACUCUGUGUUACUUAGAAGUAGAAUAUUGUUCACCAAGUUGUGAGUUUGGGGGUUCAGAGACAGAGGAUGGAAAGUGUUUAAAGUUAGAAGGCUCCAUUAUUUCACUGGCUCUGGAAAUCAACAAAAUUAGCAAUAUUUUACCCAGUCUGAAAUGUUGGUCAAGAGUGUGAAGUAAAAGUGGGAGGAGAAAAAGAACUCGAGGCAAAUGGCAGCAGAGGGUGACGUUCCCUCGUGCCUUUCUGUAGGUUGUUUGGGUUUCUUGUUUAGUUUUGGCCUUGAUUUUAGUUUGGUGUAUGUGUGUGUGUGCGUGCGCGCUCCCCUCAGAAACAAAUACUCAGAAAGCGGAGAAAAUAAAAACGGAGGUUUUAACAACAUAGACGUACCUAUUUGUAGAAACACCUUCUGCCAGGUCCUCUGGGGUGCACGCUGAUUCCUGGGUUUGUAGAGGAUGCUCUUCCGUCAGACAGCUCAAGAAGUGGCUGCUCUCCUUGAAGCAGCCGUGGCUCUUGCUGGGGAAGGUUAGAAACUAGUUCCUUGUGAGGUGGGAAUUAUCUACCGACAGAGAAAGAAAAGAACUCAUGAGAAAUUUUUUUGAAGAAGAUGGCUAACAGUCUGUGAAGAUUUUGUUCUGUUUUGUGUUUGGGUUUUGGUUUUCACUUUUUACAGUCUUUAUGAAUGGAAAUCUUACCGUUCAAAAGUGACUCCGUCUUUUUCCUAUUUCAGAGCAGAAUGGAAGGCAAUAAACUCACGUAGACUCUUGGUAGGCUAGCUCGAAAUGUACGGUUUGACUGAAGGCGUAAAUCACAAUCCCACACCAGCUUGGAAUUAUGAUUUAUAGAAUGGUUAUUUAUUUAAGGGGGCAAAACUUACAGAGCACCGUCCCUGACAACAGCCCUCUGCGCAAUCAGGAAGGGAGCCUAGUCGCCGGAAGUGCAGCCGGAAGCCUGAGAGAAAGAGCGCGCACGUGCCCACGCGAGCGCUGAGGGAAGAGACCGCUUUUUUAAAGGAGAGAAACCACGCCCCAAUGGGCUGGUAUCUCAGCGGCUAUUGGCUGGAGGAGCAGAGGUGUUCCCGCAACAUUUGACUUAUCGAAUCAGACUAUUUUAAGUGUCCCUUUCUAUUUUCGAUCACGGAAAGAUUAUCUUAAUGUAUUAGAAUAGGCCCUACUUGGCUCUUCUCCCGAGAAUGAGCAUUCGCGCUCAAAGCACAUGGCUUGUCCCAUGUUUUCAAAGAUGAAUGAUUAAUAUUAAGGAAUUAUUUACCUUAAAAUACAGUAGAAGUGUGAGUCUCUGUCCCCACUCCCCCACAAAGGCCAUGAAAUUCUGAAUCUGAGGGGGGAAAAAAAAACUAAGGGAAAUUUUUGUUGCUUGUUUUGUUUUCAAGGCUUAGCCCUGCAGUGUGUAUUAGCCUACUGCUAUUGUGAUAUUCCAUAAGACUUUCCUGUUAGGUAUUAGAAAUUGACAUAUAGAUACCGUCUUUGUGUGCUUCCCAUUUAAAAGAAAAGAGACAAGACUGUUUGAAGCUUAAGUGCAUAUGGUACAUGACACCAAUUUAAAUAACCACAUCUGAGACAAUCCUCCCUUAUCAUUUUAAGGAAAACUUCCCCAGAUAAGACAGAGGCCCAGGGGACUUUGGAAACUGUCUUUGUUCCUCCAAGUCCUGUUUCUUCUCCCUAGUGACUGCCUCAGAAUUUUACAUAGGCUGGCCAGCCAAAUCCAGCGAAAGGGCUGCCUUUCCAAACACAUUUCACAUGUUCCCUUCUCAUGGAUGAUUACGUUGAUUUCAAACAUAAUUUCUCUCUGUUUUUUUUUUAAUCUGUCACUGAGUUGGGUUUUUAAGGAGAGAAAAAAAUCAUUAACAAGAAUGAGAAAGAAGACAAAAAUCCAAAUGCCACUGCCCAGUUGAAAUAAGAGCUAAAAUGGAAAUACUUUCUCCUACCUGAAACCCAGGCUAAAUCACCUUCAGCGUGACCUUUCGCAGUCUUUAGAAUUGGCCUGUGUUUAAAUUGCCUGAGCCUAAAAGCAAGCGUUGUUCAUUUAUUUUCUUUGGUCCAAAAUGCACUGUGUAAAGUACGGCAAUGAGAGAAGAACUCUAAAAACGCCUUUCCGGGCGCCCUGGCUCCACUGCCCAGCUCUUCAGAGUCUCUUCUGCUCAUCUGCUGAUCUCGUUGUGUUUGAGUAUUUACCUUGUACCUACUGCAAAACACCCCGCAGGGGGACGCUGAAACCUCGAGCUGUCUCUUCACAACUCUUCUCUGUGUCUGUGUAUCAUGAAAAUGCUGGGUGUCAAAUUAUCCAGUUUCUGAACACCAUGCCGUCUAUAGUCAAUUUACGGGAAAGCUCCAGAUAUCAUAUCGUAUCAGAUCUCUGUUGGUUAAAGUGCUAAUGAGCUAUGAGAAUUUGGAUGACAUCAUGUAUUUUUGCUUCAUUUAUUCUUAUCACACUUAACAGCCGAUUGUGAUAAUUAACUUACAGGCAUUGAAUUAAUUUUCCUCCUGAAGCCGGAAAGUAAUAAUUGGUCGUUCAUUGUAUCUCUUUUAUUCAAAAACAUCUUCUAUCAAAUUAAUCCUGAUUGUGUUUGAAAUGAUUAUUACUCGAUUCAUUUAUGGCGAAACAAUAUCAGUCCUAAUGACUUCUAGACAUGUAACUAACUGACUCAUUAUCUUACAUUUACUGUUUAGCAAGCAUAUUUUGAAAAUGUAUGGCUAGAGUGUCAUAAUAAAAUGUUAUAUCUUUCUUUAGUAAUUACAUUAAAAUUAAUCAUGUUUGAUUAA